CUCCACCCCCCCACCACCACUGCCGCCGCACACACUCCCUCUAUAGCCUCCCCGGCUGGAAGAUCGCACGCUCCCAUGGGACAUUUGAUGGAUUAGAGUUAAGCAUUUCCAUUCCGAGCCUACCACCUGAUGGCAAGGCGGGUAUAUAGGCUCUGCCGCUGACAUCAUCCCCGGCACAGUAACAGACGAAGGACCGCAGAGAGGGAGAGAGAGAGUGGGGGAGAGAGAGGGGAGAGGGAAAUAGAGGGAGAGAGAAAGAGAGAUAGAGCGGGAGAGGAAAUCGGAACAUACACACACGUCCAUCCACACACACAGGGUCGCCCAGAGGAGGAGGGGGAAGAACGCUCACCGUGGUGCUGAACGCAGUCGUGUCGCUGUCCGUGGUGCUGAACACAGCCCGUGUCGCUGUCCGUGGUGCUGAACACAGCCCGUGUCGCUGUCCGCUCUGCACGCCCUGGUGGCUGUGCCUAUCACGCAACCUUGCCUCGUCAGCACAGCAGCACGGGGUAACAUACACGUAACGCGAGAGCAGACAGACAGCAACAGAUAGACAGACAGCAACAGCGGAGAGACAGCACAGGCGGCAAGAGACACAGCACGGGGCGUCGAGUCACAAUGCCGCGCUCUUUCCUCGUGAAAAAGGUGAAAACGGACGAUUUCCUGUCGUCUUUCUCCAGUGCCAUAGUGUCCGACAGCAGCCUCGAUGCGCCCUACAUCCACUCCCGCUCGUUCUCCGACACAGGGACCAGCAUCAGCGUCCGUGUUACGCACAAUGGCUACAUCAGCGACUUCAUCGCGCCCAGCAUGUACGGGGGAGAGGCGCUGGACGGGGUCAAGAUCGCGUCCCCCGAGUCGGCCUACUCGACCGCCAACAGCGACGACUUCAGCAGCGGCGAGGCGGAGCAGCCGGACAGUCCUCGCUCGGACGCAGCGACGUCUCUCCUCGACGCCGACACCGCGGCGAGUGACGGCUAUGCCAUGGACGCCUUCUUCAUCACGGACGGCCGCUCCAGACGCAGCAAGUGCAACGUCGCCGCCUGCGACGGCAGAGCAGGAGGAGGAGGAGGAGGAGACGGCGGCGGCGGCGGUGGCGGUGGUGGCGGCGACGGAAGAGGUGGAGACGGCGUGAGAGGAGUCGUCGGAGGAGGAGGAGGAGUCGGAGUCGGCGGUGCGAGGAGCAGCGGCCCACCGACGGGAGCCAACAAGGAGCCGGGCGGCGGCACGCAGCUGAGACACACGUGCGGCGAGUGCGGCAAGACGUACGCCACCUCGUCCAACCUGAGCCGGCACAAGCAGACGCACCGCAGCCUCGAGAGCAAGAUGGCCAAGAAGUGCCCCACGUGCAACAAGGUGUACGUGUCGAUGCCCGCGCUCGCCAUGCACGUGCUCACGCACGACCUCAAGCACAAGUGCAACGUGUGCAGCAAGGCGUUCAGCAGGCCCUGGCUGCUGCAGGGCCACAUGCGCUCGCACACGGGCGAGAAGCCCUUCGGCUGCGCGCACUGCGGGAAGGCGUUCGCGGACCGUUCCAACCUGCGCGCGCACAUGCAGACCCACUCGGCGUUCAAGCACUUCCAGUGCAAGCGCUGCAGCAAGACGUUCGCGCUCAAGUCCUACCUGAAUAAGCACUACGAGUCGGCGUGCUUCAAAGCCGGGGGGAACAGCGAAGAUGACAGCUGAGAGAGAGAGAGACGACACCGCACCGCUACACCAGCGGCAGCCGCAGCCGCAGCAGCUACCAUCGUCGCCGCCGUUGCUGCUGCUGUGAGAGAUGAUGGAGCGAUGAUGGAGAUGGGAGUGAAUGACAAGCAAGGAGCGACACCCGGUGGGAAGUUAUGUUGACAGCAGCAGCAGCAGCAUGAUGGUGAUGAUGGUGGUGGCGGUGGUGACAGAAGGAAAACAGAUAUGCAGUUUAUAUUUCAAUCAUUAUCUUCCAAAAGAGUGUUCUUCCUUAUUGUUUUGAGUAAUCGAAUCAAAUGACACAGGUCUUCCAAUGGAACCAAAACAUUUUUUGGUUGUGUGCGUGCGUGAGUGAGAUAGCGAGACGGAGAGUUCGUCGUUUUAAUUUCGCAUUCCUGUUUUUUUAUCAACUUGCAAAAAGUCCAAGUAUUAUGAAUUUACGAAGUCAAACAACUCCACCUAUCGGGCUGCCCGUGUUGGGUAACGAGCAAGGUUCCACCACUGCCCGUUUUGUUUUCAAAGGAGACUGGUAUACUUCUCUGGAUUCGCGGAUAUUUUAUACUCGGGUUCAACUCGUAAACCCCCGGUCUUGACUCAAGGCCACGUUUUUUUAUGAAACGGAACUCUCCCCCACCACCCCUCCCACACCCCCCCUCUCUCCCCCCAAUACUUCUGCGCGUGUACUUGUGUGAAAGAGUCUGACUGACCAACGUUCCCAGCGCCAGUCAGUCUCAUCCAGGGAAUGCUCAGCAUCGCGUAACCUAUACGUCCAUCACUGCUCGUGCCGCUGUAUAUUGUACGUGUGUUGACAACAGGAAUAUCCGUGGCGUGUGUUUAUCCCUGCAUCACAAACAACCUCACCACAACCCCCCCCUCCCCCAACCUCUCCACGUGAGCUUCUCUGUCCCUAUUGUCCGCCUGUCUGUCUCUCAGCCAUGCUGUUGUCAGUCUCUCUGUCACUGCCACCGUCUCACCUCUGUCUGUAUUUCAACAUUUGUGUCUGUCUGUUAAUGUCUCUCUUUCUCUCUCUGUGUGUUCCUCUUAUCCACAGAAUCAUUUCACCCCUAACCCCCAAGCCUCACAAAAAUGAUCUCUUUUAAGGGGGCAAUUUGAGCACCCCCUCUCCCCUCCUCCCUCUACUCCCCCCCACCCUCUUUUAUAAAUGGCAAGCCGUGUUAAUGAGCAAUACAGAUACUAUGUAAAUGAGUGCGUGUUAAGCGUCUGUUGGUUUUUUUACAAUAGACGCUAUGAAUAGGGUAACUCUCCAUAGACUGCACUUUAUGUUACAUUUUGCACCGGCGUUUAUUUCCUUGUCGAAUGCUACUUAUUUAUUUCGUGUAUUUAUUUACUUAACAUUUACAAGAACAUAACAUCGAUUACGUUUCGUAAAGCCAAAACGUAUUUGAGUCGCGCGUGGAAUGCCUCUAAUAUAAUAUCCGUAUUGUUUGUUUGUUUGUUUUAAUAUACAUAUGCGUGAAUAUGACUCUAUGUUUGAUUUAGGUGAUUAAGCAUCUUUCGUGGAGUUAUUUAGCAACCACGUUUUGUUUUUGUUGCAAAGCGUAUUCAUGAUUUCGAGCGUUAAGUCUUCCUCGGCUGUUGGUUGGCUGGCAAAACAAACAAAAAGUAGGCAGCCUGAUACUUUAAUUCUAAUCCUAUAAUUUGAACUAUCCUUGAGAGGGAAGAGUUCCGAUUAUUUGGGUGGCAAAAAAAACACCACCCUUCUUCCAAACGCAUCAGCAGGUAUUCAUCCCCACAUUUUAACCGUUUCCUACGAUUAAUUCAUUGAUCGAUUGGUCACCAUAUUCUCGAUAAUCGAGUGCACCCACGCACAGUGAAAUAGAAUUAACUACAGAUGAAAGAGAGAAACAAAAUAAAGAUAAACAUUUGUACAUACUUAAGGGCAAUAAUUGUGAUGUUUACUUUCUUAAAAAACCUUACGGGGGAAAAAAAACUAAAAUUAAACAAAAAAAUAUGAAAUGACAAAAAAAUUAUAAUCAGAUAAUUGAAAAAAAUGAAACCUACACGCUUUUUACAGUCACCAGCUCUGAAUGCAGUAUUUAUUACAAGUUGUAUAACCGCCACAUUUAAAGUUUACAGCAAUUGCUAUGUUAUUAUUGUUGUUGUUGUUAUGAAUUAUUGUUACGAUCAUUAUUAUCGCUGGCUGUACUUCAAUUAAUAAGCAUUCGGUCCCCGCAAAUAAAGGGGAGGCGUUUACUUUGUAUGCCGAUAUAGAAGUGGUAGCUCCAGUGUGAAGGGUUCAAAUAUAAGCAGCAUGCGAAAGGCGUCUCGACCCAAUGUGAUGAUGAUGAAAACGAAUGGCCUGGUCCUUAUUAACACCGAAGAACAGCUGACGUGUAGACCAGGUAUAUUCAUUAUGGAAUAAAAAAAAGAAAUGCACUUGUAAUUCAUCCGAAUGCCUGUGGUUAAGUCACAGUUCCCCCGUUUAAUAUAACGCGUACACAUAACGAGCUGUCCGUCUCCUAGCAUGCUCUAUCGUAUGAUAAUGUGUAAAUACCCUUUCACAAAUGCAUAUCAGAAGAAAAAAAAGAGUAUGCCGCUAAUAUACUUGUUGUUAAUGUUCAACCCGUUUGGGUAUGAUAUAGUUUGGGGUUUGUUUUUCGUUCGUUUGUUUUUGUGUUGGGCAUGCCAUUCUACAAGUAUCUUUGUUGCGCUGUAUAUCUGUGAACUAGCGUCUGUUGCGCCUAUAUUUGUCGAUACUAACACAGGGUUUAUAUGGACCCCCCCCUCGCCCUCCCGAUCUCCCGCACCCCCCCACCCCCCCAAAAAAUGUUUUCGCUUCCGAGGCAGAGAUGGUUGGCAACAUCGCCACCACCACCACCACCAACCCACGUGUCUUCGCGUCGCUAGAGGCAAUGCAGCCGACAAGAGUUCGCUCUCUCUCUCUGUCUGUCUCAGAACCCAACUCGUCUCCUAAGCGCUGGUCCCCAACCCAUGCCUCCGUUCAUUCGUGGUCCCCAACCCAUGCCUCCGUUCAUUCAUGGUCCCCAACCCAUGCCUCCAUUCAUUCAUUGCCACACGAUGAGCAACCUCAACAGCUCAACAGCUGCACCACGGCUGCCUGACGACUUAAUUAACUCUCUAAUGACAAUAAUUUUAAGCGGUCUUGGUUGUUGUUGCAACAAUAAGCUUGUUAUUUAUUGAGUCUUCUUUUUUUUUCUUCAAUAUAAAGCGUUCGAGCUGGUAUUCGGUCUCGCCAUAUGGUUAUUUUGACGCAUUCAGAUCGUUGCCAUGAAUCGGGCUUCCCUUGUGUGCCGCUUGAGGCCCUGCGUCAUUUUGCUUCGUAUGGUGUCGCCAAGCGCCACCAAUUGAGUGCCCUCACUCCCUCGCCACAUCCCAUGUGCAGGUGGCUCCUUCCUUCACCCCUCUCUUGCGUUGUUAAUACUUACAGACAAAGAUUCCCCGUAGAAGCCUUAACAGACUGUUGGGGCAAGUUUUGCUGUUAGCGAGUAGCAGCACCUAUGAAGGUCGCCACGGCUCACGAGGUGGUGGGAUCGCCAGCACAACGCUCGGCCGCGUUUGUCUUCCUCGUGGCGAUGCUUGCACAUCGCACCCAGGUACUCAUUUGAGACUGAGUGGAACCUACGGGAGGCUCAGGAACCGGUUCAGAUAAUCGUCGCUGGCGUUGACCGUGAACGAGACUCGAACAAGGGUCUCCGGAUUCGUAGCGCGGCGCGCUAACCACUGCGCUACCACCCGCUUAGAUAGCCCCGCACACACGAGCGAGCUGAGCCCCACACCGACGUAGAUUAUAUCACUAGUAACACGAUUUUUGUUCCUGGGUACUAUUAUUCCCCACAAACUUUGCUUUUGUGAUCAGGACAUUA